GUCCGACAGCGACAGGAGCUCUGCGAGCGUAUUGUACGGCGGAUUUAGAUUAACAAUACCUGAGAAUCUCUCACAUAAAUUGACACGUUGAAGUAAGACAAUUUAAAGAACUAAACGUCGUGUGCCUUAUCCAUUUACGUGUUCACGAAUUUCCGUCGACUUUUUCGAAUUGUGAUCAGGAUAGAUUACGUCGAGAGUGACCAUGAAGAUGCAUCUCGUUGGAAUCUUAGCUAUCCUGUUAAUCAUCGAUACCGAGAUUUUAGGACACCCGUCGCAAGAGAGACUAAUGCCAGAUGGAGCGCCAGUUCCCGAGGACGCGGUCUCACAUGAGGACUCCGUGGCGUCGGCGUCAGAAGUAGGCGAAGAAUACGAUGAUUCCGACAUGUAUAUGGAACCGGAUGAAUCCGGAACUUUGCAAACGGAUCGUGUAGAAAACAGCACGCGAAAUGAUAACCAAGAUAAUAACCAGGAUAAGGAUAAAAGCAAGGAGACCUCACCCGAAACUGAAAAGGUUGACGCUUCUAAAGAUCAAGAGGCGAAGAAUACGCAACACACUGCCGUCGCACAAUUCACCGAUACGAGAGAUAGAAGCUUGGAGACGCAGAGUCAGAAUUUCUUUCCGUCCUUCGCAGAGCUCUUCGCGAACCACCGACUUCCGUUCGCAGAGCAGCAGCAACGAUAUCGUCCCAACAGAUUUUUAGGCUACUUCCAACGCGAUCGCAAUUAUCAAACCGCUGCGAGCAAAGAUCAGCAUUCUCUCCUAGGUUCAGGUAACUUCGGCGUGAUUCGCGGCGGCACUUACUAUCCGGAAGAAAAGGAGAACGACGAGUACUCGAUAGACGAAAGUGUCUAUAAUCCGUACUAUAAUCGUGGUCGCGCGCAGUAUUACAGGAAUCCUAAACCCCAGCCAGUUCGUGGCGGCGACUUCUUCGCGAACUUCCGCGAUUUUGCCGAUAUUACGGCGCCGCCGAAAUCCAGUUUCUCGCACCUUUCCAUAGUGUACGCCAACAAGAACGGCAGCUCCACCGGACGUGUCACGGAACCCAGAAACAUCAUCGAGACCCUCAGAAUGUUGGAGGAAGAGGAGCGGUCUAAUGUAGAAGAAAUCACCACCACGGAAACACCGCAGAAGAAACAGAGUAAGGGCAAGUGGAAGCUCAUGAAGAUGAAGCAGUACGAAGAAGACAAAGCAAGGAGAUCCCGCAUGGCCGUCGAGCCACUGCUUGCUCUCAGCUGAGAGUCCACGAACAUCGCUAAAGUGUACGCGGACGCUAACCUCGGGAUUUCUCCCAAACGCGGAAUCUGGCCUCGAGAUCAGAACCAAAGUAUCUCUGAAAAGAGUCUCUCUAUCAUUAGAGGAGAAUGUUUUGAAAACGUGCGACAGAGAGAAAGACAGACGAGAAGACUCGCAUUUUUAUAGACGAUAUUACUGUGCGCGCGCGUGACUGAACUUCUCAUAUCAAUCCGGAAAACUGGCAACCUGAAAAUCUAUAUAUUUUGAAAUUAAUUUCGCCGGUUAGAAGGUAUUUAAUUCCUAAUGUUGGAAUUCCGACGGUGGUCUGUAAGUAUGCGGAAAUGAGCAAACAAAAACAUCAGUUCGUAGUCUUUAACAUGUAACAUUUGUACGCGAACUUUCUGUGACAUUUCCAGGACGAUUCGAGAAUCCGAAAUAAUUAAUUAGAUUUUAAGAUAUUAUUAAAAAAAUGCAUUUAUGCGAUACGCGAAGAUGUUGCAUUUAGAAAUAUAAAAUACUGCCCCGUUUCUGUUUAUUCACCAAUCAUUGUCAGAUUCAAACUAACCUUAAUGAAUAAACUAUGCUCUACGUUAGGCGAUAGUCGCGUAAGUUCGAGAGAUUCUAAUUAGAUAAGAUUUUUUUGAGCCUGCAGUACAUAUCGAUUAGGAAAUUCCAUGUGGCACUACACGUUUCGUCGACCACGCAGACACCUUCUGAAGAACUGUUCCCGUUUCGGCAAGACGCUUGCAAAGUUAACUUUAUUAUGCACGGAGACCUUUUACGUUGAUUGAAUUUAUUGCUUGUACGUAAACGUUACGCUCGAGUAAACCUCAAUUCUGGAAUCGGUAACUCUUACCAACAACACUUGCGUUCGGGCGAAACCUGAAUUUCACGAAGCUUGUGCGGCUUCGUUAUCCUGUUAUUAUGCGAAAUACAACAUACGUAGAAAAUAUUUUAGAAUAUACAUGAGAUCCGUUUUUUUUUUAAUUACAACUUUGCGUUUGUUGUUCUUUUCUCUUCAGAACGAACGUGACCUUGUUUUAUUUUAGGUGCUAAAAGUGUAAAAUGUUUAUGUGAAGAAUGAACUUAUGAAAACAUUUAUGCGAAAAUUUCUGGUCAAGUUUACUUGCAAAAAUUGCAUUAUUAUUGUAAUUAUAUUGUAUCAAUGUGCUGCUUUUUUCUAUAACACUUUAAUGUUUCAAUUAAAAAACGGAAUAUUGUGUUUAUUCAGAUAAGAUAUUAAACACGCUCGUAGCUGCGUACAUAAACGCAUAAAAUUAAUUUUAAUUGGAUAUACUUUAAGUAAGAAUCCGCAUACAUUUAUUAAACUAAUAAAGACUGUCUAUUUUGUAUUUGUUAUUAAUUAUAAAAAUACGUUAAUUAUUUCUCUCCGUGUUUGCAGGUCUAACAAGUCUGCCAAUCGACCUCGAAAUUUAUAAAAAAAUCUCUGAGCAUUUUUGCCAUUUUGAUCAUUAUGAAAUAAAGGAUACUUAAGUACAUUUGCCCUGGAAUUUCCGUAGAAUUCCAGGACGACUUUCACUUCGAACGAAAUUCGCAGCGAAAAAUGGCGUAUUACUUAACUAACAAAAAUGCGAUUUUAAAUCAAUGGAGAUUCUCUAUUGCAGAUCUCGAUUCAUUGUUGUUUUACUUGUUGUUGAUUAUUUUAACUAUAUUUUUAGACUUACUGAAUUGCGCUAACACAUAUCCAAAACGUAUGCCUCGUUCAUUUUACUUUAAUCAGAAGGGGCAUGGUAAAAAAAUUAAAUAAAGUAUAUUUUUCGAAAA